AUGGGCUGCACACUUAGGAAAAUUGAAGCUACAAAACAAGAACUUGGAGUAGUAUUAGAGCAAAAGGAGGAGGCAGACUUGAUGGUUCAAAAACUAUCAAUGGAGAUGGUAAAAAUGCAUAAGGAUUUGGAGCAAAAAGAAAAAAUUAUGUCAGCAAUGCUUAGGAAGAACAAGCUGGAUACAACAGAGAAACACUUGCUUUUAAAGGAGGUUAAACUAUCAAAGGCUAAGAGAAAGCAAGCUGAAAUAGAAACUGAAAGGUGGAGGGCAGUAUCAGAGUCUAGACAUGAGAGGCAUUCAUUAAGAAGUAUGUUGACUAACCAAGUAAAUUCAAAAUUGGACUUUUACGCAGGGGCAAGAGGGGUGCAUCAGCAUGCAACAGGAUCAUCAUACAAUGGAAACACAAGAUCACAGCCAAUUGAUCUUGUUCUUGAGUAUGGGCAUAUUGGACUUAAAAAGGACAGAAGGGAGCCAGAACUUUCUCCAAUCUCUGACUGCUACUCACUGGAAGGAAAUGAGGCAUUGGCUAUGACAGCUGAUGUUAAGCAAUUGGAAAGUUGGGUACUGUCAGAAGCUGAGAAGUAUGCAACUUUAAUUGAGCAAAGGCAUCACUUAGAACUAGAUGCUUUUGCAAAACAAAUGAGAAUCAAAGAUGAGAAAUUAGAAACAUUUCGUUGGCAGUUGAUGAGCAUGGAACUAGAAUUAAAGCGGCUGCAGUCCCAUAUUGAGGGAAUGAAUGAGGAUAUGUCACAGCUCAGACAUGAUAAUAUGAAAUUGGAAGCCUUGUUAUUGGAGAGAGAAGAAGAAUUAACUUCCUUAAAAGAGCAACUAGCAUCACAAUUGAAGGCCCUAAAUUACCAAAAUACUAAUUUAAAUUGUUCUGUACAUAGUCCAUUAAUAGCCCAUAAGGCCAUUGGCUCUGAAGUUAUCAAUAAGAGAAAACAGAAUGAGAGAGAGCAAGAAACAAGGACUCCAAAUUCGGAGGAUUUGUGUCAAGAGGAAGAUGCUGAGAAAGAAGAAGGAAACUCAUCCUUUAACCAGUCCAAGGAUGUAGGUUUAAUAGCCCAUUCUCCUGAAAAAGAGUUAGAAGAUGAUAAGGAAAUUGCCAAUGAGGGUCCUGUAAAAGAGGGAAGAACAAGUCCAGUGGAUAUUGAUGUUACUGAAAACCUGGCAUCAUCUGUUCAGCCCUUGAAUAAGACAAACAAUUUUCCUUGGAGGAUGGAUCUUCAUGCUCUUCAAGUUUCUUAUAAGAUCAAAAGGCUGAAGCAGCAACUUCUAAUGCUUGAGAGACUGACAGGGAAGCAAGAAAGCCUAGAAGAUACAGAAAGCAAUGAUAAUGGGCAAAUUGGGAUCAAGAGUUUCCUUGCAUUGAUGUCUUUGCUGAAUAAACAAGUUGGCAGUGUUCUCAACACUUUGAUAGUUGCAAAAUUUCAACCAUCUCUUUUAAAUAUCGGUGCUUCUCAUAAGCAUAAUCUAACUGCGAGUGGUGGACAUUCUAGUACAGCAAGACCAAAGGAAGAAACUAAAGCACUACAAAAAUUCCUAGACGAAACAUUUCAGCUGCAGAGACAUAUAGUUGCAACAGGACAGAAAUGGGUGGAAAUUCAAUCCAAGAUUGCUUCUGGAUUUAUUGGGGUCACUGAAGAAAUAAAUAAUAUUGCCAGCUUUGACAUGAAACGCUUUGCUGAUAGUGUCAGAACUCUCUUCCAGGAAGUUCAAAGGGGCCUUGAGGUUCAGAUAGCUCGAAUUAUUGGAGAUCUUGAGGGGACAUUGACUUGUGAGAGGAUGAUACAUUUAAGGAGGUAG